GGCCACUGACUCACCCAUGGAAGACACCGAGUCCUCAGAUUUCCUGUCCUCAUCGGACUCCCUCUGGUCUUCAGCCAGCACCACCACCUCAAACCACCAUGAGGACCCAAGCUACGUGAGCUUUGACGUCUUCCUCUCCGAAGGCAUGCCGGCACCCGCCAAAGGCAAGAAGGACUUUGAGGCUGUGCGCAUGAUCCCGAACUCUCAACUGACCAGCGCCAGCCACCCGGUCCUAAUCCACCUAGAGAACGAGUACCAGGCCAGGAGGUCCUUCUGGCAUCAACAUACGGGACAGUACUGCAGUUAUUCCGGAGAGGUGGAAGGUUGGAGCUCGUACCCAAGCAAGAGUAAGCUCACGGGGAGGGGAUCGCCUGUGACGAGCAGAAGGCAAGACAAGCAGCUGAAGGACUUGGUGUUCCCUGAUGGAUCAAAUUAUGAGGCCCAUCAAGGACUCAAAAGGCAACGAAUACAGGAUGCUACUUUGCUUGCCAACCGGUGGAAGGAGAGAAAAGAGAAGGACUUUCCCAUAUCCGAUGGAGAUCGCCUCUUUGCCGAAAAGUGCCGGGAGCUCCAGGGCUUCAUCCAACCUCUGACCGAGCUUCUUAAUGGACUAAAAAGGGGCAGAUACGACAGAGGCCUGAACAGUUUCCAGCAGAGCGUGGCCAUGGAUCGCAUUCAGAGGAUUGUUGGCGUUCUGCAGAAGCCAGAGAUGGGGGAGCGUUACCUGGGCACCUUACUACAAGUAGAGAUGAUGCUGAAGAUUUGGUUCCCCGGUGUCAGCAGCUCCUCCUCCUCGUCUUCAUCCUCCUCAGACUUUGACAUGGAAGAACCUCAAAACAAAAUGGCCAAGAGCCCAGUUGUUGGAUCUACGGGACAGAAAAGCUGCCAUCAAAGACCGGUCCUUUCUUCCAGCGGUCCUAAUAUUCGUAAACCACACGAAAGUCACAACUUAGGCCAAGUUGAGUGUGUGUGCUGCAAAGAAGCCAUGGCAGAAUGGCCAACCAUGAACUUGACCUGGAUGCACAGUGCGCCCAUCUGCAACCCACCUCUGAGCCAGGUGGACCUCCAUCGUCUCAACACGGCCUUGGGCCAGGACUUGUUGUGGCCGAACGGCAACAGCUGCGGCGUCAUUUUCUUGGUACAGAACAGUCAGGCCUCGGCGUCCUCUACAAUGGAAUCCGUAUACAGCGAAGAUAAACCUUUGGACCUUCGCUAUUUGGGGAAAGGGGCGCAAGAGCAAUUUCCUAGCCGGAGUAAGAGCACCCCGGCCGUCUUUUCCCUAGGCAACAAGAGCGGUCUCAGGCAUUUGAAGACACAUUCACAUUCGCUCGCUCACCUUCCAACGUCCACGCAGACCUUCGGUGAAGAGAACACAUAG